AUGCCGAGCGUAUACCCAGGACUCGAUAUCCUCCAGAACACGUUUGGUAGUUCAUACCAGCCCAAGACCAAUGGCGCGACUCCUCUCCAGGCCCGCACCGAUCUUUAUCCCGCAUACUCGAUAGUCGACGAUGCGAAGAGCAAGGCAAAGAAGCUGAGCGCCGAAGCCGCUCACGAGUUUGACGUUGCCAGCCAAAAGGCCCAGGCCAAGACUGGACACAUUGAGCUGUACUCCUCCCAAUACUAUGCCGCAUGCACAUUUGGUGGCUUGAUGGCCUGUGGCAUCACUCACACUGCGGUAACACCGUUGGAUCUUGUCAAGACGAGACGCCAAAUCGACUCGAAGCUGUACAAGGGCAACUUCCAAGCUUGGGGUCACAUUCUCAGGCACGAAGGUGUUCGCGGCAUCUUCACCGGUUGGAGUCCGACCUUCUUUGGUUACUCGGCCCAGGGUGCGUUCAAGUAUGGCUGGUAUGAGUAUUUCAAGAAAAAGUAUUCGGAUCUCGCUGGUCCCGAAAACGCGCACAAGUACAAGACAGCACUGUACCUGAGCGCGUCCGCCUCGGCAGAAUUCUUGGCCGAUAUUGCGCUCUGCCCCUUCGAGGCCAUCAAGGUCCGCAUGCAGGGUACCAUUCCGUCGCAGUACAAGGGCACCUUUGAUGGCUUCAGCCAGAUCACGGCCAAGGAAGGCUGGGGCGGUCUCUACAAGGGUCUUUACCCUCUCUGGGGUCGCCAGAUCCCUUACACCAUGAUGAAGUUCGCUUCGUUCGAGACCAUUGUUGAGAUGAUCUACGACCGUCUGCCCGGUGGCAAGAGCGACUACGGCAAGGCUGCCCAGACCGGAGUCUCUUUCGUUGCUGGUUAUGCUGCCGGUAUUCUCUGCGCCAUUGUGUCUCACCCCGCCGAUGUCAUGGUCAGCAAGCUAAACGCCUACCGCAAGCCCGGUGAGGGAAUGGGUGCCGUCACUUCGAGAAUCUACAAGGACAUUGGUUUCAAGGGUCUCUGGAACGGUCUGCCUGUGAGAAUUGUCAUGAUUGGUACCCUUACCGGUCUGCAGUGGAUGAUUUAUGACUACUUCAAGGUCUUCAUGGGUCUCCCUACCACUGGUGGUGCCGCACCCCCCGCGGAGAAGCCCACGCAGCACUCUUGA